AAUGAGCUCAGUCACACCUUGAAGUCAUUAUUAGCAGUUAGAGGCAGAGCUCAGGGCAGGAAGAGGUUAAACCAGGCUGAGUUUAUAAGUUACCCUUUAGCCGACUGGAGAAUAAGACUGCAGGGAGUUGCAGCGUCAGCCACAGAACAACCAGAGCCGCGACUCAGACAACUCACCCCCUGCCAUGAAAUUCCUCCUGCUCUCCCUCCUGCUCAUCCUUCUGCUGGGAGGGUCACAAGGGGUUAAAAUACAGGUCGGACAAUUCACUUUCCAUGUGGACUCGGUGCUGAACUUAAAGAAAGUGAUGGAAAAAGAGGGAAAAGAUCCGACCCAAGUGUCCCAGGAUCUGUGUCAUAGCUCCGCCCUCCCGGGGGAAUUUAAUCCAGUCUGCGAGGAGGCGAACGCCCCGGAAAUCUUCAAUGAGCUGGUUCGGGCCGUGAAGAACUUUGAUGAAUGUGAGAUUUGUGCCAAUCCGGCCUGUCCCGGCUGCUCCUAAGAACCUUUGGGAAGUGCUGGUGGUGUUGGGCCCAAAUCCAGAGCCAGUGAUUAUUACCUGGGCCCUUGGUUCCUCUUAGUGAAUCCAGUUCUGUUGGUGCCGGGACUCCCUGUGGCAGUUUUAGAUGGAAAUACAGAGCGUUCCAGGAUCUCAGACUCCAAAUUGCGAGGGAAGCUGCUGUAUAAUCUGCUGUAUAAUCUGCUGUAUAAUCUGCUGUAUAAUCUAUGACAGUCUAAUGAGGCCAUAAUGUCGACUGCAAGCUCUGUGGCUCCACCUGCCUAACAACUGCAUUUAUUACAAAAAGAAAUUGAUCUGCACUGCUGCUUUAUUUCAAAAUCAUAAUGAUAAUUAUACAGCAAAGAGGGAUCAGGAGUCAUGGAGUGCGGUUUGUGCCCUAAAUUAGGUUUUAGGCCUGGGCUCUGUCUAAUUCUGCAGCCCGUCCCUUUAGCUUUGCCUUUAAAUAAAGCAAUUUGCUCUGCUACAUCCCCAGCUGUUCCCCCAUUUCUUAUGCUCAAUAAACUUGUUACAUUGGAA